GAUUCGAAUUGUACUAUGUAAAAACCGGAAGCAGUAAUGUUUUAAAGUUUAUCAUUUAUACUGCUUACUUUCCAAUUAUGACAAAUCAUAUUAUUGCAAUCAGGAUGUAUUUAAUAAUGGAUUUUACGGUUUAUCAAAUCAGAGAACGAGUAUCAUAGAUGAUGCAACUCUAAUUCUCUUAAUCAUCUCAUUUUUGGUUUCGAAUCAUCAAGAUAUUAUCAUUCCAUCGAAGAAUUCCAACCCACGAUGAUUAACUGUAACAGUAAAGGAUUAAAAUCAAAGCCGAAUAACUGUGUAAAAUUCGCUGAUAAUUCCUUUGAAAAUGACCACCACAAAGAUGUUCGUCCUACAAGGGAAUCAACCAGUAGAAGCAUCUCAGAAUCUGAUAUACUCGAUUCAUCUGCAGCAAUGAGAAAUAGUUUCAAAGCAAAUUGUUGGGACUCAAGAUAUAAUAGAAACGAAAGUCUCCAUCUUUGCGGGUAAGAUAAAAAUUUAUUAUAUAAAUAAACUGUACAUGUACUUUACAGUAUGCUGUAUAGUAUGUUGUAAUUACUCGAAGCAAAAUUUUCUAAGUUCAAAAGUGGGACAGGUUCAAUCCAAAGUGUAAGAAUUAGGUCUCAUAUGGUUUAUAUUAUGAAAAUUAGAUAUAUUUGCAUGGUAAAAGGUAUUUCAAGAUGCAUUUUUGCGUAUAUGCCUAUACAUACUAAUAUAUUCAAACUUUAAAAAACCUUCUGCAAAAAGCUUGAAAUUUUUUGAAACCUUUUUCAAUAGAUGGAGCGAGUGUAGUAUUUACACAAUCAGUAACAAUUCAAAGGUUAUUAUAUAAGUUGAUAUUCUGCUGCUUAAAAUAAGCCUUACACCUUCUUUUAACUGAUUAUUGGAGACAAAAAAAAACCGUAGAGCAUCUUAUCUUUCAGUUGAGAAAUAUCUAUUUCACCUCACCUGAUCUCAAUAUUUGGGACAGUCUACUCUUAUUGGAUAUUUUGGUUAACUAGGAAUUACAUUCUUGCAUAUAAUAAUCUCUUUGAAAGUUGUCCAUUUAUUAAGAUCGAUAUUCUUGGCCUCUUUCAUGUGUUGUUGAAAUUAUUGUCAACACCAGACGAAUAUUACAGCGUAAUUAUAGUAAAAACACUGAAUAUCGAAUGUGGGGCGCAUGAUAAUUUUAGCUAUCAAUGCAGCAUACAAAAGCUGAAAUUUAAAGUUUAUUGUUGCAUUAGUGGGAUCUGACAAAAAACAUGUGUUACCAAGGUUAAUGAAUCUACAUGAAUGGCUGUCCAGAGUAGAACUGACUGUUUCAAACGACCUGUUGAAUGCAACAUGCCAAACAAAGUAAGAAAGAGAACCUCAUAUCUUUUCGAAGAAUCUGAACUGCAUAUAUUGAAACAAGGAGAAGAACUCAAUAUUGACAGUCAAGAAAUUGACUGUCAGGGAUUAGAAAGUAGUAAUACUUGGCCAAGGAUGGUAGCAAUUGAAGAAAAUAAAGAUAUAGAUGAUAUUAAAACAGUUUUGAAAGAUGGCUGCGUUAUAAGAUUGAAAAAUUUUCUCAGACGAACUAAAUCACUUUAUGGCGCAUCCCAAAACGUUAAUUUCGGUCCUAAAGCCUGCAUUGUUCAUACACAAUCAGCCGUCCUCACAAUUCAGGAUCCAAGUAGUCAACGUUUAGCUUGGUCAAAACCUCCAUUCGCCGUACUCGUUAUCAAGAAAAUCUUUGAUGCAUCAGUUAUUCAGCCUUUUGUUGACUUGGUUAGAUGGUUAAUUUCCGUAAAGAAGAUGGUAGUUCACGUUGAAAAGAAAGCUUUAAACGAUGAUCACCUGAUGGAACAUGAACACUACAACUACAUUUGCCACAAUGUCAAGACUUUUGAAGAAGAAAAAGAUAAUUUGACCAAUCGAAUUGAUUUCGUAAUUUGCCUUGGAGGAGAUGGCACUCUACUCUACGUCUCGUCAUUAUUCCAACAAAGUGUUCCACCAGUUAUGGCAUUUCAUUUAGGAUCAUUGGGUUUCCUUAUUCCCUUUGACUUUUCUGAUUUUAAAGAGAGAGUAUCUUCGGUUCUUGAAGGGAACGCUGCCUUGACGUUAAGAACUCGCCUAAAGUGUGUAAUCUGUAAAGAUGGAAAUGAGGAAAAGCAUUGCGACAUUAAUAAUCAUGAUUUCAAAACGGUUGACACGAGCAAAGACAUUCUGGUGCUAAAUGAAGUUGUCCUGGAUAGAGGACCCUCAUCUUAUUUGGGAAAUAUUGACUUAUACAUUGAAGGAAAACUCGUGACUUCAGUUCAGGGUGAUGGAAUCAUUAUUGCAACGCCAACAGGAAGUACGGCUUAUGCUGCCGCUGCUGGAGCCAGUAUGCUUCAUCCGAACAUUCCUGCAAUACUAAUAACGCCAAUCUGCCCCCAUUCACUAUCUUUCAGGCCUAUUGUAGUGCCGGCUGGUGUUGAAAUACGUCUAUCGGUUUCCCCUCAAUCGAGAACUUCGGCAUGGGUUUCCUUCGAUGGUCGAAAUAGACAGGAGUUAAACGUUGGAGAUUCAGUAAGAGUAACGACUUCAAUUUAUCCAGUUCCAAGUAUUUGCGCUAGCGAUCAAAUGUCUGAUUGGUUUGAAUCCCUGGCUGGUUGCCUUAAUUGGAACGUCAGAAAAGCUCAAAAAGCAAUUAUAAAAUAAUAACAAUAACAAGAAAAACAUAUAUUAAUAUAAAUACAGAAGGCUUUGAGAGAAGUAGAAAGCUUGAAUUUUUCGUACAUUUGUUUUAGUAAAGUUUUAGUUGGACUCUAUUAUAGAAUCCACCUAUCUGUUUUUUAAUAGUUGAACUUUUUACCAUUAUUUUACGAACAGUCUGAACUUAUUAUAUAUAGAGAAUUUAUUUUAAACGAAAUAUAUCAAUAAAAUAAACAAUAUAUACAUAUAAAUAUUAUAUGAACGUGUUUUAUCCUACUAAACUUCCAUCUUCAUUCCUCGGUCUACUAUCUCUUUUUCUAUUUUUCUGUUUACUUCUUCUCUUAGUCUUUUUCUUCUUGACCGCUUUCUCUAUGAUUUCUUCGUUCAAAAAUUCUACUUUGAUAUUGUUAUCUUUACACAUUCGUAAAAAUACUUCUUUUGGAGAUGUUGGUUCAUUUGACACUACGAAUUUUAUUUCCGGUAGAGCAAGUUCUGACUCAGAAUCGUCAUUAUCGGAAGAAUUAUUUUGGAAGAGAGGCUCAUCUGUAAAAUGUACUUAAUAUAUUACACAUUACGAAUUCAGUUCAUAUAAGUAACGGCCAAUUUAUUAUUUAAAGGUUGUUUAACAUCUUACUAUUUAAUUCUGUUUUAUUUCGUUUAUUAAACGUUUUCAUCAAUCGACUUGACACGGCAGCUUUCGUUACUAAUGCAGUUUCACUCUUUCGUUUAUUUUUGUUUUGAUUAGGCAUCUUUUAAGAGCUUCUUACGAGAUCAAUCAGAGCACAUGUGAGCGAUAAUAUAACCAGACCAUCAAUGUAAACAUUCGAAGCUCCCUCUAUCGAAAAUUC